UUCGAGUUGUCGCGUAAUUACCGAUAUUUGUGGCUGAUAAUCACUGAUAAUUAUUAGGAAACGCGACGUUAACAAAUGACAGCGUAAGAAACAAGAGUAAAUUGCCAUGUCUACUGAACAUUCUAGUGGGAAAGGUUAUACGCGGCUUCCCCAAAGCAUCAGCAACACAGACAGCGAGAACGAGGACGAGCAUCCCUACCGCCUAACCUCAAAACCUCUCGGAAAUCAAUCAGUAUUGCAGGACAGUCCCUCGGCGCAGCAGAAUGGCCAAUUUUGUCCUAUCGAUAAGCAGACUAAUUUGACAAACCGGUCGAGGAAUGGCUGCGGCAUUCUCGAUCCAUCCAAGGACAACGUUCCUAUAAUAACGAUUGAGAAACAUGGGUAUUCCAGCUCGUGGAACCACCGAACCGUGUCUCCCUUCAGAUUCUUUUGUUUAAUCCUCUCGAUCUUAGUCUGCGUGUGCACGAUACUUGUAUUUUUGUAUUUCCUGCCCUGCGACAGUUCCCUGAACUGUCAGACGGAUGAGGAGUCGUCGGCGUUCGUGCCAUGGAAUAAGAGUUUGCAAGGAAUCGAAAUUCACGGUAGGAUUUCGAUGGUGAAGGGACCUUCCGAUAACUUGAUAUUCCUUCUGCAUGGUCAGCGAUAUGGAGAUAAUUUAGACUCGGUCACGGGCCAGCAACAGAUACCUCCACAAGGAGGUGGAGUGCUAUCGAUACGAGGCAGCAAUGGUAUUCCUCUAUGGUGGGUCUCCCUGAAAAGAUUACCAGUCGAUAUCAACUGUACCAUUUUGGACGUGGAUGGUUCUGGGAAGCCAGACUGCCUCGUCGCUGGAGAAAAGGGUCUUCUAAUUGCUAUCGAACCCACUGCUGGAACUGUACACUGGAGUUCGACGCUGAAUACUUACUCCGAGUUACCUGUACUUCUAUCGGAUGCUAACUCCGAUGGAAUCGACGAUCUCCUAAGCGUUGAGUCAUCGGAGGAAUUCAAUUCUAACCUACUUCUUGUAUCCGGGAAAAAUGGUGAACUUUUAAGCAGAUACAAGUUCUCCGAAGAUUGCAAAGUUACAAGGAUUUAUGGACUCGAGGUCAGCUCCGAUAUAUCUUAUCUGUGUAGUGACCGUAAUGGGAAACUGAUAUCAGGAGUGAAGCGCCUGUCGGAAAUACUUGGCAGUUCUAAUAUAUUGAAUGCGAAACAGAGACUUUUCUCACCACCGAAGACUGCACCAAAGGUUUUCCCUGUUUUGGAGCACGACUUCAAGAACUACACUCGAAACCUAACCCUAUACACUACGUUACACAUUCAAAAUCAAGGAACGUGUCCAGGAAAGAGUUGUCUUACGACAGUCAACAUCAAGCAGGGAAAACUGGGAAAUGAAACUUCAAUUUGGAGUUACGCAUGUCAGAAUACGUUCACGGUUGAACCUGCAAUGUAUAACCUUUUUCCGGCAGAGCCCAACGUCACUGGAUUUGUUCUAAAAUUCUGGCGAUGGACUGGUGAAGAAAGAAGAAUCAGAAAUGUCGAAACAGACACCUUCGAGCAGAAAGUAACGGAGGUUAUCGUAACAGUCCUCGUUAACCGUACUGUUGUUCGUGUUGUUAACAUCGGUGAGAAUGAAAUCACUCAACUGUGCCGAAGAGACGAUUGUCAGCCGUCUUUAAAACUACAUACACAUUCCAUGGCUGUUAUGGACAUCGAUAACAAUGGACUGCAAGAUCUGAUUAGUUAUCGCUCGAGUUACAAAGUGGAAAAACCUCAGGUGCUGGAAUCUACCAUCGAGAUCGUUCGACUGGAUGAUGGGGUCUUCGACUCUUCGAAGCCCUUAAACUGUGCUGCUGUGUAAAUUAGCUUUAAACUUUCGUAAACGCUUGGCACAUUUUAUAGGUUAUAUGUAGCGCUGUGCAUUGUAACGGCAUGGAGGCCCUUUAACCUAUACAGGAUUUUGUUUAAAAUUACGAUACCAAAUUUUACAAGGAUUAACACUGACGCGACUAUAAAUUGCGAAUGUGAUAUUUUACUUAAUUUAAUAUUGAAACUGUAUUGACAAGUCAAAUGCAAUUUAAGGGUCUCUGUGGAACUAGUACGAUUCUUACGAUCUGAAUUAUUAGAAAUUAUAAUAAGCUUGUCAUUUCGUAUUGGCUCGUUGUACAAUCUUGGGUACAAAAUGAUUUUUAUACAGGCACUGUCUUGCGUGAGAUUGAGGCUUGGCAUUAAAUUAAUUUCAUAUCGUUGGAUUUGUAUUGAAACGAUCUAAAUUCUUAAAAGCUGUAUUAAGAAUGUAUCGUUUUUUAUUAUCCCACUUUUCAUCAAUAAGUACAACAGUUAUUUUUGUACAGACAAAGUCUCACGUAAGGCAGAGGUUUGGCAUUUAAUUUCAAUUUAGUUUGUAACGCCAUUACGAUGUGCAGUAUGUUCUAGUCAAAACAAGCAAUACCAUCUGGUAAAGUCUGUCCGAAGCUGCGUUGAAAGUAGUGUAUGUGUUAAUUUAAUACUCCCACUUAUGAGUUCUUUACCAAAAGUUCUUUACAGUCUUUUAACGGGUCAUAAUUCAUGAAAAUCUGGGAAGUAUCGUAUUAAAAUUAGGAUUAUCGCACGUAUGCUUCGAUUAUAAUUAAGACUGUAUUAUGUGUAUACAUGUACAUACAGCAAAUGUCAUAAUAAAAUACUAUAAAUCAUUCUUUU